GGAGUCGCCCGAAGUGUUCCUUGACCUAUGCGCUGAGGGGCGUCGCCUCGGCCGCAUCUACAUCCGGCUGUGGGGCCACCUCCGCCGGGCUCGCCACUUCCUGGCCCUGUGCCUGGGCUCGCUCGGCCCGUCCUUCAGGGGCUCCAAGUUCAGCAAGGUGGAGAGCAAAGACAAGGCUGGGGAAUGCCUCCGCGUCAGCCACUACCUGAGCGCGGAGGGCACGAUGAGCGCCAUGGGCCUGAUGGAGGGCCUCGAGUGGGGAGGGGACCACUGCCUGCCGAAGAGGGCCGGGCUGGUGGUGGCGGCCAGCGGGGGGAAGCUGGAGUACGAUGGUUGCUUCGACAUCUGCACGCGAGACCACCCGGCCAAGAAGUUCUCGUGCCCCUUCGGAGAGGUGGCGGGCGGCGCGGAGGGCAUGGAGGUGGUGAGGGAGGCCGCCAGACACGAGCCCGUGACGGAGGUCUCCAUCAGUGAGGUCGGCGUCGUCCUCACGGACCAGCAGCGCUGCGAUCACGUGUGAUUCUCUGCCGUCAGUUUCAGACAUACGCCUCCAAGUAGCGAAGAUGGACAGGAACACACACUUCUCGCGCACGCCUUUUAAUGUUUAUACACAAGUUAGGACUGAAGAAAAGCAGACCUAUGAAAAUUGGAAAGAAAAUCACAUGAAUGAUAUGACAUGGCAAAGACAAAGUAAGCCAUUUUCAAAAUGCUGAUCUAAAGAAAGAAAAGACUUUCGUUGCGAGCUAAAUAGAUCUUCCCCAAAGUAACCCAAGUGGACUGACCUUUGAUAAGAAGCCAGCUUGAUGGCCAACGUCCGGCCUUAGUUUACCCGCCUUAUGUCGAAACUGACAUAUGGUAUUCCUUUGUUCUCUUCGUCCGCUCGAAAGUAAAGGCUGUUUGUAUAUAUAUGAUUCACUGUAGCGUCGUAUAUUAGAUUUUGAUAUUAUGAUUACGCUUUGUAUAUUGUAUAUUAAUCUUUAUUAUGCUGUAUUUAUGUUGUGAAUUAUGUUUUGCGUGAUAACGUCACGAAAGUAGCUGAGGCAUUUCCCUUUUACAAAAAAAGUACAAUCUUUUCCGGUUCUUGACAGAAUGCCUAGUAAUAGCGCUUAUGUAGCUCAUCUAAGAGACCUGCCGUCCUGCAUCAAAAUAUCAUAUAGAAAAUGACAACAGCAUUUGUAUAGGGUAAAUAAUUCAGAGAGCCAGCUUAACAACCUGUCUGGAAAACUGAUAAGAAGUGACAGUGAAUGACGUCAUCACUUCUCCGAAAGCACCUGAGGUCCUGACGUCCACAUCCUGCGCUGGCACCGAGCUCAGAAGCCAGUGCUUCGUGUGCGGCCCAGAGAGAUACCCCUUCGCCUGGACGCUGGGUGGAAUGAGUGAGCUACGAAUAACGUGAAAUUUAUGAAUGGCGGAAAAACAGAAUUUCCCAAGUACAAGUUAUUGUGUGCUUGUUCAUCGGUUCACUGACCCCUGAAAUGGAUAUCGCCUGUCUGUUUUAAUGUGGCUUAAGUGCGCGGUGUUCAUCAAAGCAUGGCCAAUAACACUAAGUCAGUGCUUGUGUCAGCAAGGAUGGAGGAGGAGGUGACGUGUAUCGUGUGCUCUGAGCUCUACACGAGAGGGACGCGAGAGCCGGUCGUCCUGCCCCUCUGCGGCCACACCUUUUGCAGGCCGUGUCUGUGCAACCUAGAGAACACAGGACGCCUCAGCUGCCCCACUUGCAGGCAGAGCUACAUCGGACCGCCCGUUGACCAGCUGCCCACCGUCUUCGCUCUCCUGAGUCUGUCUGAGCACUUUAGGAAGUCCGAGUGUCACGUAUGCCAGAGACAUGGGUCGCCGGUAGAGUUCUGGUGCCGCAGUUGCCAACUCCCCCUGUGCGGACACUGCCUCCUCGAGGAGCACGUCAAGGAUGACCACAUGGUCGUGCGAGGAACGGACUUCAUUGCAGAGCGGAAGGAGCAGAUCCUGAGUGAGUGCACCGUGCUCAUCCAAGAGAUAGGCAACAGAAAGUGCCACUGCGUCAACAGGUUCAGCGAGUGGACAGCGCAGAUCAUCGCGGGAGUAGAAGAGAGCGCUGUGCUGUGGAACUCUACCCAGAAUAUCCAGAACAUUAUGGCUGAUAUCGUUGACGCAACCAACAUUGAAUCUAUUUUGGUAUCGUCUUCGAUGCUCGGAAGUCUUCGAGAGGAAUUCAUGAGAGUGGCACAGAGGGACACGAGAACAAGGACAGUGAGUGAUCGUUCUUUGAAAUGUAGCUCCUGCAGCGAGGCAGAUUCUGCUUCUCCCCUCGGCCUCCUGCGCCAGGAAUCUUCACCUGACGUGGAAUAUCAAGAGACCGACUUCGAAGAGAUCGAGCAGACUAAUGCCCCCGAGGAGAAUACUCCAAGUUCCUCAAAUUCAAACUCUGACGCUAUUGUGCCUGAGGAUAAGACGGACAGCUCGUCCGACUCCUCCCUGGCGCGGCAGGACAGCCUGGGGAACGAACCUCUUGUAGCAAGACAGAUCAGCUCGAGCAGCAGCACGGGCCGCGAGACCAGCCACACUCUGAGGGACGCUGGCGUGAUGACCCUCUUAGGCCCAGUUCCUUGGCCGCUGAAGUGCUGCGUGGUAGGCCCCGGCGGGAGGAGAGGGAAGCUGAGAUGGGAGGGCGGCCGCCUCCACAUGUACGCUCUCGGAGAAGAAAUAGAGGAACCCCACUUCAUGGUGCAGAUGUCCGUUCUGCAGUACUUAGUGCCAGAAGACUACCAGGAGGUUUUCCUCGUGUUGGAGACGGAGGGACGGUGUCUCGGCCGCGUCUACAUCCGCCUGUGGAGUCGAAUCCGCCGCGCCCAGCACUUCCUCGCUCUAUGCCUGGGCUCCUUGGGGCCUUCCUACCGGAGAAGCAAGUUCCACGGCGUGGCCAAGAGAGGAGCGCCGGGAGAGACGCUGGCUGGAGGCAAAUACCUGACUCCCGAAGGUCUGACCAGCGUCCAGGCGCUCACGGGACACUUAGAAUGGGGCGGCGAGCACAUCAAGGAAAAGAAGCGCGGCCUCGUGGUCGGCGCCAACGCGGGCAAGCCAGAGUUCGACGCCUUCUUCCACAUCUGCAUGAAGGACCAGCCCGGAAGGCGGUUCGCGUGCGCCUUUGGAGAAGUCAUCCAGGGUAUGGAGGUCCUCCACGCCGCCGUCACACAUCUGUGCAACAGCGACGUUACGAUUAGUGACGUAGGCGUGGUCUUGGCGUCCACAGCGCCCUAAUGCCACGUGGCACUAAAACGUUUAAAUUGCAGUAAAAGUAGUGAUGCAGAAAGUAUUCUGUCGGCGGGUGAACGCAGGAGGACGGAAGGAAGUGCGAGGAAGAUAUGGUGCAUCUCAUUAGAAG